AUGCGUUCACGACUAUCCCCCUUGGGACUGAUCUCCCUGCUUGCGGGCUCCGUCGCAGCUUCGCAGGACCUGUCCCAGUAUGUCAACGCGUUUAUCGGCUCCGAAGGUCCGGAUGGGACGGGGUACGGUGGUGGUGAUAUCUUUGUUGGCGGGACGCGUCCGUUCGGUGUCGUUAAGCUCGGCAUUGACUCGACGGCGGUGGAUUGGAGUACCGCUGUUUUGAAUGGUGGCUGGACUCCCGAUGGGAAUGUUACGGGAUUUAGUAUGAUGCACGAGAGUGGUACUGGUGGUGAGCCGAAGUAUGGCUUGAUUUCGCAAAUGCCGUUGACUACCGUUGAUGCGCCCGUUAAUAUACUUGAUAAUUUGACUUAUAGUCAGCCGAGAGUUGGCAACGAUACGGCGAAGGUGGGAUACUUCAAGACUCAGUUGAAGAAUGGUGUUGCCAUUGAGUUGUCUGCUUCGCGCCAUGCUGGAAUAAUGAACUACUCCUUCCCCGAAGGCCAGAAACAUGUCCUGGUUGAUGUGUCUCACUUCCUUCCUGGGUCUCCUGGCGAUGCCAAUGGACAGUUCUACACUGGCGGUGAAAUCCAGAUCGAGGAAGACGGGAAAGCCUACUCUGGAUACGGGACAUAUAUCGGCGGAUGGAACAAUGGUGCAUCCUUCACCGUCUACUUCUGGGGAGAAUUUUCCGAGAAACCAGACGAGGCCCAGGCAUUCUCCGGCGCAAACACAUCUCCCAUGCCGCGAUACCACAACCACGACAACAGCCCCAUCCCCCAAGCGACGCUCGGAAAAUCGCAGAUAUUAACAUCAGGUCCCAUGAAUGACCGCAUCGGUCUUCUCCUAAGCUGGAAAGACGGGGCCGCUUCGCACAUUAUCUCCCGUGUGGGAAUCUCUUUCAUCUCGGCUGCAAAGGCUCGCUCCUAUAUUCAAAAGGAGAUCCCGUCCUGGAAGUUGAACGAUACUGUCACCGAUGCCGUCAAGGAGUGGAACGAGGAUGUCUUUAAUAAAGUCCAAGUUCCGCUGGAUGCCUCGGCAAAUAUGACCCGUGUCACUCUGCUGUACAGCUCUCUGUACUUUAUGCAUAUGAUGCCUUCGGACCGCACAGGCGAAAACCCCCUCUGGGACUCUGCGGAGCCAUUCUGGGAUGAUUUCUAUACUAUGUGGGACAUUUUCCGCUGCACGGUUAGCUUCUACCACAUCUUCCAGCCCGCGUACUACGAGUCCAUGAUCCGCGGUGUCAUCAAUAUCUACAAGCAUGGCGGCUACAUGCCCGAUGGCCGCUCUGGCAACUGGAACGGCCUAGUUCAAGGCGGCUCCGACGCCGACAACGUCCUCGCCGACGCAUACGUCAAAGGCCUACGCGGCGCAGUGAACUGGACCGAGGGAUACAUGGCGAUGAAGAAAGACGCCGAAGUAACACCCUACAACACAUUCGAUCCGACCGAUUUGACCGCCAGCACGAAGGAAGGCCGCGGAGCCCUAGACGACUGGAAAGAGUUGGGCUACGUCUCGCAGGAUCACAACACUCGCUGCAUCUCGCGUACCGUCGAGUACGCUCUCAAUGACUUUGCUGUGAGCCAGGUAGCCAAGGGCGAGAUGCCCUGUGAUGUCGAGAAGUAUCUCAAUCGGUCGGCGAAUUGGCAGAAUAUCUGGGAUCCUAGUGUCAAGAGCUUGAACUUUACGGGUUUCUUGGCGCCAAAGCUUUCGAAUGGGAAGUUUAAUUCUAGUGAUUAUAAUCCGCUGCUUUGUGAUGGUUGCGAGUGGCAGUCGAUUACUUACGAGGGUGUUCCGUGGGAAUACUCAUUUGUGAUUCCUCACGAUGUCAAGACACUUAUAAAGUUGAUGGGUGGCGCUGAUACCUUUGAGGAUCGCCUGGACUUGAUGUUCAAACCGAACAUGUCUGUCCAGAGCCUCGGUGCCAAUGGUGCAGGCAUCACUACAUUGAUAAAUAUCGGAAACGAGCCCGACUUUGCGACUCCCUACCUAUACAACUACAUCAACAAGCAGUCCAAGAGCGUGGAGCAAUCUCGCACCCUGGCCAAUCAAUACUUCAAAGACGCCGCUUAUGGCAUCCCCGGCAACAGCGACGCCGGCGCCAUGAACUCCUGGCUCCUAUGGCAGAUGCUGGGCAUCUACCCAAUUGUCACACAGCCCGUCUACCUACUCGCCUCACCCUGGUUCCCCGACCUGAACAUGACGGUCAAUGGAAACAGCACGCUGCGGAUCUCCGCCACCGGCCUGGACGAGGGUUAUUACGUGCAGAGCGUGAAAAUCAACGGCAAGCAGUGGACGAAGAACUGGUUUGAGCACGGAGAGGUCAUGACCAAGGGCGGACAUAUCGAGUUCGAGCUGGGCAAAGAAGUUAAGGCUUGGGAGUCGGGCGAGGUGCCGCCCUCUCCCGGACAUGUGGAACUGAAGUAG